AUGAAGAUUAGUGACAGAGAAAUCAGCCAUCCCAUCCACCCACAACACAAGCUAAAACUUGAAUACACAGAAAUCCCAUUCACUUGUGAUGGUUGCAAGGAAGCUGGCAUUGGUCUAAAAUACAGUUGCCGCCAGAAAUAUUGCAAUGAUCAAUUUGACCUGCACAAGGUAUGUGCUGUGGCGCCUCCUAUCAUCAACAAUUCCUUUUACAAAGAAUGCGUUUUCGAAUUUCACCAUCACCCUCCAGGUGAGGAGAAGAGGGUAUGCGAUGCAUGUAGAAAUGAAGUUCUAGGCUUUGUCUACCACUGCAAGCGAUGUGGAUUUGAUCUCCACCCUUGUUGUGCAAACCUCCCUCAAGUUCUAGACGAUGGUGAGAACAAUCUUUACCUGUGUCACAAGCUCUCCGGGGCAUGUCAUCGAUGUGGGGGCAAAGGACCAGGGUGGUCUUACAGGUCUCGCUGCAAAACGUAUAAUCUUCAUCUGUCAUGUGUCAAGGAGUUGCUGGUGGAGAGCUGGGAAGCCAUGUACCUCAAAGUGGAUCAGAACAAGGUCAGAGAGAUACAGACUAGGAUCCCAAGCCUCAAGGUGACACUGGCAAACCAUCAUGGAGGAGCUAGAGGUGGAAAGGUUAGGAAGUGCUGUCAGAUGGCUGGUGGUGCCAUUCGCCUUAUUGUCUCAGCUAUCCUGGGAGAUCCUACAGCUAUAAUCGCUGCAGUCGUUGGGGGUUUCAUAUCCAAGUAA